AACCGAAACCGGCUUCCCGUCUUCUCUCCGGUUUGCGCGGAAAGCGUGCAGCGAAGGUCAGAGCGGUUGUUUCGUCACACGUAUCUUUCUGUUAGUAAUAUUAUUAAGCGCUGAUGAAUUUUUUACCAGGAAGAAGCAGCGACUUGCUACUUCCUACCUCACUGGAAUCGGCCGCGUGGCUAUAAACCGGCUCGCGCCGUAUGUUCAACUGCACACUGUACAGUCGUAUGAUUAUGCGCAGUGGCCGUAUAUUAUUGGCAAGAAACCUGUGUAUUUUCCUAAGCACUUUGCGUGUGACAAGUUAAACAUUUGCUGCGCUAAACGACAAAGUUUUUAACUGUGUAAUAGAACUUGCGGAGUUUAUUUCCCAGUCUUUCCUAUAGCUUCCAGUAUUCCCGUUGUAAUCAUGUUAUCCGUGGUGUGUCAGUUACUUCUCGUUUGCUUAAUCAGUGUGAGAGCGCAAUAUGGCGUUCCGGUGGCAGCCCCUGUGGUCGCGGCGCCGGUGCCCGUUUCUUACAAUCCCGCGCCAGUGUCCGCUCCCUAUAAUGCCGCGCCUAGCGACGGAUACGCCCCUGCUCCCAUCAGCCGGACACUAAUACCGGUAACUGCAGUUCAGCCCCAACCUGCGCCGAUGACAUUCCAACCCAUGUCUUGGCAGCCAAUGAGCUUCGGGAUGUCCGCCAUGAAUCAGAACCAGCAGACGGCCGGCCAGCGUCAGACCCAGGGCCAGUCAGCAUCCACCGGCGACGCCAGCGCCGAUACCGGUGAAAUCAACAGCGCCCAGACUUCUAACACCAACACCACCGGCGGUCGCACCGUCUCCCAGGGCGGCAGCCAGAACCAGUGCAGGGGGACGACCUGUGCCCUCACCGGUGCCGCCCAGGUGGGCACCCAGGGGCAGUUCCAGGGACAGAACCAGCAGAUGGCCGGCGCUAAUACCGGUUUGAAGCAAGGUCAAAUGCAAUCCAACGGCUUCCCAUCCUUCGGCCUAUUCCUCGGCAACCAGAACAUGGGCCUCCAAAACCAAUUCCAAUCGCAGUUCACGAACCAGGGCUCCGCGACCGGCACCGGCAGUGUGGGCAGUGGCGCCGUGACCUCCAACCAGAACACGGUCGCCGAGACCAACAAACAGGGUACCAGCGUGGACUCGACCAACCUCGGCCAGGGUACCGGCACCAACGUCCUGACCAACGGCGCCGUCCAGGCCGCGGCGUCCGGACAGAUCGCCGACCAGACCUACGCCGGCACCGACACCAACACCAACACCGGCCUGACCAACGGCCAGGUCACCGGGUUGGACGGGACCAAGAACAGCACCAGUCUGAAGAAGCAGACGCAGGGGCAGUCGCAGGGGACCGGCGCCGCUCAAGGCCAGGCGGGAGCGGCGGAGGGUACGGCCAACAGUGGGCAGAACAGCAAUGUGGUGACGAAUGGCAAGGGAACGGCGGUCAGCUCCAACUCCAUCGGGACGGCGUCCGGCAAGGGUCUCCAUAUUUCGGGGGCCGCCUCCGCCGGGGGUUCGUCGCAGGGGCAGAAGGCCAAACAGAUCGACUGGUCGUUGUUUAAUAUGAACGGGAUGAAUGGGAUGAACGGGAUCGGUGGGAGUAAUUCCGGGAAUUUAUUGAGCUACGCGAAAUAAGCCGGUUUUGGUGGUUGUUAUCGGAAGAGUUUUUCUAUGCACAAUUUAGUUGCAAUACUCUGGUGACGCAUCGGCAAGUGGUGCGUGAAAUGAUGCUGCUAUUUUUUUUGUUCCUUAUUACCCGUGAUUUCUAUAAUUAUUUGAAAUUUCAGCGAAUGUAGUACACACAGUAUUUUAUUGAUCCUAACAUGUUACGCUUGAUACAACAGUGACUCUAUAAAAAGAAUGAACUGCGACAA